AUGACUCUGAAGAGGACCUUACUAAUUUGGCAUACAUUGCUGAACGCUUUGGCGGUACAAUUUCGCAUUUUAGAACUUAUAUUAUCCAUAACGGUAUUGAAUGAGUACGCCACUAUAUUGUGUCGCAAACUCAAUGAAAUGGGUGAACGAAAUAUACGUCGUGUCUUCAGCCACUAUCUACGCGGUUUGCCGGUAUCCAAGGGGUGUAUUAUACGCGUCAUGCCGCAGACGUUGCAGCCCAGCGAGGAAGCUGAUGAGCAGAAGCUGCGCGUGUAUAAAAAGCUUUAUGGCGAUAUUUAUAAUAUGUUUAAGACAAUCAACGAGAGUUAUGGCUGGUCCAUGUUAGCGUUUAUGAUAAUGUACUUCGUAUAUUUCAUUAUAAAUUCCUAUUGGAUAAUUUUUGCGGCAAUUGCACGAUUGAGCGAGCAUGUUACGCUUAUUAGAAAUCUCGGAGUUUUGGUGGUUGUGGUGGCACUGCUCUAUAUUUUGUGCUGGCAAAGUCAAAAUAGUCAGGAACAGAGUCGCCAGAUCGGCUGCAUUAUGUUUAAACUCGUCAAACCACUGGGCAGUAAAAGCUAUAACGAUUUGGUUACGGAUUUUUCGUUGCAAACUUUACAUCAACAGUAUAUAAUUACUGCAAAUGAAUUCUUCGAUUUAAAUUUAAAUCUUUUGGGCUGUAUGGUUGCGUCCAUCGUCACCUAUCUUGUCAUACUUAUACAAUUUAUGUUCGCCGAGAAUAAUAGAGGCAAUCGGAAUGCGAUACUGCGUAGCAUGAUUAACCCCACAGCGAAUGUGCGCAACUGA